AAAUUUUUCACCAAAGACGGUUCCAAGUUUUGACAAUUGUGGGAAAAAGAGAAGUGCGUAAGAGUCACGCCUUGUAAGCCUAUACUCUGGGAACGGCCCAAAACCCUUUCGCCGCCUGAGCCCUUUAUAUAUACCGCUCCACCAGCAAACCUUCGGGAACUUUCCCUACUCCGUUUUGCGUCUUCUUCUUCUUUCGCAUCUUGGAUUAUUCUCGAUUAAAUUUGCGAUUACUUUUUCGGAAUCUAGGUUUUUAUCAACUUUAAUCUACAAUGGCGAGUAACGAACCUGAGCACAGCAGAGAAGAGGAGGAGAGCGCCGCCGCCGAGGAUGAAGACACCGGAGCUCAGGUUGCUCCUAUCAUCAAGCUCGAAGAGGUUGCCGUCACCACCGGCGAGGAAAACGAAGACCCCCUCCUCGAUCUGAAAGCUAAGCUUUAUCGGUUUGAUAAAGAAGGAAAUCAAUGGAAGGAGAGAGGCGCUGGUAGUGUGAAGCUCUUGAAACACAAAGAGACUGGAAAAGUUCGUCUUGUUAUGAGACAAUCUAAGACACUCAAGAUCUGCGCUAAUCAUUUAAUUGUUCCAACUAUGACAGUCCAGGAACACUCCGGGAAUGAGAAGUCUUGCGUGUGGCAUGCUGCUGAUUUCGCUGAUGGCGAGCUCAAGAAUGAGAUGUUCUGCAUGAGAUUUGCUUCUGUUGAGAACUGCAAGACCUUCAUGGAAAAAGUGGAAGAAAUUGCUGAAUCUCAAAAGAGCAAUGAGGAGAACAAAGAUGCAUCUGCAGCUGCUGGGCUACUUGAGAAAUUGAGUGUUGAAGAGAAGAAAGAAGGUGAAGAGAAAGUGAAAGACGAGCCCACCAAAGAAGAAACAGCUUCAACUCCUGCUUCUGAUGCUACUCCUGCCAAAGAGAAGGAAACUGAAAGUGAAAAAGGAAAGGAGCCAUCUUCUUGAACUUGGAGGAUUUAGUAUCGGGAAUCAUCUCUGCCUUUGAGAGAUGAUUAAACCUCAGUCUCGCUCCCAGUUGUGUCAUGGAUGGUCUUGCUGAGGUGUGUCAAUGGAUUUGUGUAAUUUAAGGGGGGAAAUCAAAAUGGUGUGUGGAUGGUUUUCAUGGGGUCAAAAGGGUCCUGUCAGAUUGGUAUGGUUAAAACUUUGAGUCCUGUGUUUUUUCUUGGGCGUCUCUUCAAUAUAGUACUACUCUGGAUUGGUUUUGUGUGAGUAUGAUUAUUUAGAAGUUUUGGUCAGCGGCAUUAGAUCUGCUUUACAUUGAGUCGUAUGCUUUUUAAAGGAUGAAUGAUUUUAUCCUUGUUACUAUGAUAUUCGUUGGAUUUCAAUACAGCUUUUCUUGUUGCCCACCUCAAGAAACACGCAAAAUAGAUUCCCCGUGCCUGAAAUGAAUACAGGCAGCAUGGUUUCUUUUUCCGGUUCUUAUUGCAUACUUAAUUACUCCCUCUAUUCCAAAAUAUAAGUCGUUUUAGGUUUGGAGAAAUGUUUUAAAAUGUAGGUUGUUUUAGGAUUUUAAGGCUAUAUGAUGAUGAAUUUUUCAAUUUUGUCCUUUAUUAAUUGUUAAACAGUUGUUUUAUUAGUUUUUAUGCAGACUGUAAAGUGGUUUAUAUUUUGAAAUGAGUAUUAUUGAAAAAAUCAUAAUUGCAUACUUCACUGCCUCCAAAUAGAAGAGCAACCAAUGACAAUGGUUAUUGAUUUUAUGGCGGAGGAAGUAAUAUUUGAUGAGAACUGACCUCAACAAGCAAAGCAGGAGAUGAUAUAGUUCAGAG